AAACUAGUUGGUUCCUUGAAUAUAAAUUUAUUUCUACCGUACCUCAAAACUGUCAACGUGCCUUCUCAUCUCAUCUCAUUCACCUUGAAUCUUUCACUUCGCAAGGAGAUAAAUUCACUUUCACUUUUACUUUUCCUUCCACCUUCCAGAUAUAUCCUCUCACCUAUCAAACACAAACACAAACACAACACCCCCCAACAUGUCCCUCCAAGACUGGCCCUCCCACAGCCUCCAAACAACCCAAACCUCCUUCUCCGACACAGAUCAAUACACCACCCCCCAAAGCAAACUCCAAACCCACGAGUCAGCCCUCGCAAUCCCCAUCCUCACCUCCUACCUCUCCUCCCCCACAACCUCUUCAGAAACCGCAGCGACAGCAUUAGCAUUAAUCUGCACAGCACGCAUACUAUCCGGCGACGUCUCCGCACCAGAGGGGAUAUGGAAAGUCUUCUGCAGCGCCGUAGAUUUCUUCGGCGGAGACGAGUCGACGCGAGAGAGACUCGUGGCGUUACUUAUGAGCCUGGCGAAGAUCGAGGUGAAAGGGGAGGAUGGGAAGGUGGUGGAGAGUAGUUUGAAUUCGGAUGUGUUUUGGACGCAAUUACCGGGGUACUCUCUUGCGUUUAGGGAUGAGAUGACUUGUAAGUCUUCCCCCCUUAUACCCCCUAAUACCCCCUCUUCCCUUCACAAAAUUCAAAAAUAUCAAAAGUAAUUUCAUUAACAACCCCAGGCAUCCCCCCAAUCGACACCCUCCCACCCUCCACCCCACUAAACAACUGGCCCCGCCGCCUCCAAAACAGCGCCUCCUUCCAAGCUUCCUACCUUACCCACCUCCCCAAGACCAGUGCCUCCCCCCCAGCAACCCGCGAAUACCUCUCCGCCCUCAAUAUCGCGCUCUCACACUUCCGCCAGGCCCUCGAGCCCGCAAUCGAGGACUCCGAAUUAGGGUAUCGCCGCACCGCGCUGUGGAUCCCGGGGGUGGUGCAGUGGGUGUUCAUCGCGGGGAAGGAGGUGUGGGGACUGUGUAAGGAGAAGAGG